AUGAGAAAUAUACUACUAACGAUAUUAUGCUGCCUUCUACUCCUAUUAUCUAAUAACAAUGCAGCUAAUGAUUAUGAAAACGACGAAAACGUAAAGGAAGACGUGGAACACAAAUCCGAUGAUGAAAAUGGUGCUAACAGGUUUAUUAAUCACUAUGAUUCGAGUUCAACAUUAGACGCAUACGCAUAUUCAUACGUUGAAGUUGUGAAUUAUAAAUUUCACAUGAUUGAAAUUCAGACUUACAAAAAUCGCUACAAUGUCGAAGGAACAAUAAAACCUGAAAUCCUGAGACUUGAACACCUAUAUCAAAGUAAAUGGGCGAAGGAAUUUCUCGAAUCAAUCGGUACAGAAAAUGAGACGCUCGUGAAUCUUUAUACCGAUGAAUACAAUAAGGCAUUGGAUGGAGAUAAAGCUUUUAAUAGAGAAGUCCUUGCUAAUCCACUACUAUAUAGUCUGUUCAAGACGAAGAUUGAAAGAAAAUGGGAAGAUCGAAAAAAUCUCGAUAUUGCAGAAGGCAUAUUUUUUGCGGACAUAUCAGAAAAUUUGCAACAUUACAAAGUCGACAUUGAACUGACAAAGAAGGACUUGAUGCAAGCGAAGAAAGCAAUGAAUGAAUACCAAGCUGAACUUAAAUGGCUGGAAGCACAAGCAGUCAUCGCAUCUAAUGCAUACAGAGAUAGUUAUAAAACAGGGAAUGAUGCUAUAAUUACAGAAGCGUAUACGAAAGCUCGUAUUGCAUUUGCCGAUGGCACAGAUGCACUACGUGACAAAAUAAAACUACUGGAAAUGAAGAGGAUUGAAUUUUUAAAGUGUAAGUUGAAAUACUGA